CCCAAAGAUCAGAUAUUUUAAAAUUCAAAAUCCCCAAAUCUAAACAAAUUUGUUUCGUGCCUUUCAACUGCUCCAAUCCACUUUCUUCAUUUUCUCUAACAUUUCUCAGCCAAUUAUCUUUCUUAUUCCCAGAAUUUUCUGUUUGAAUGGAAACCCAAGGCGUUAAUUUAGGUUCUCCCUCGAAACAAGCCACCGUUUCCAAGGUCAGGGUGGUGGUUAGGGUCCGUCCGUUUCUACCUCAAGAAAUUACUGCAAGAAACGGAGACUCAAUGUCCUGCGCUUUCCUUCUUGACCAUCAAGAUAAUGAUUCUUCUGAUGAAGUUUCUGUUCACCUUAAAUAUCCUAAUACCAGCCGAAGUGAAUGCUAUAGAUUGGACUCUUUCUUUUCCCAAGAAGAUGAUAAUGUCAGAAGGAUAUUCUACAGAGAAGUGAACUCUUUGAUUCCCGGAAUCUUCCAUGGCUUUAACGCCACCGUUUUUGCUUAUGGGGCUACUGGUAGUGGAAAGACGUACACCAUGCAGGGAACAGAAGAACAUCCUGGUCCAAUGCCUUUGGCCAUGUCCACAAUCUUGUCCAUAUGCCAAACCACAGGGUGCAUAGCAGAGAUUUCAUACUAUGAGGUCUACAAUGAUAGGUGUUAUGAUCUUUUAGAACUGAAAUCAGAAGAAAUUUCGAUUUUAGAUGACAAAGACGGGCGGGCUCAUCUACGGGGUCUGUCCCGGGUGCCUAUUAAUUCCAUUUCUGAAUUUCAUCAAGUCUUCUCCUGUGGAAUUCAGAGAAGGAAAGUUGCACAUACGGGCAUCAAUGAUGUUUCUAGUAGAAGCCAUGGUGUCCUUGUGAUUGCUGUUUCCAGUCCUUGUGAUGAAGGUUCUGGGCCUGUUUUGAUGGGGAAGCUCAACCUCAUAGACUUAGCAGGUAAUGAGGAUAAUAGGAGGACCUGCAAUGAAGGCAUUCGUCUACAAGAGAGCGCUAAGAUCAACCAGUCCUUGUUUGCUUUGUCGAAUGUGAUAUAUGCAUUGAACAACAAGCUGCCCCGAAUACCCUAUCGAGAAAGCAAAUUGACUCGAAUACUGCAGGACUCUCUCGGUGGAACUAGCCACGCCUUGAUGGUUGCUUGCCUGAAUCCUGGAGAGUACCAAGAAUCCUGGAGAUAA